GUUGCAUCAAUGGGUGGUGCUGCUCUGUCAAAAUCUCUCCCACUCUCUAACGGAAAACACUUGUUUAUCUAACCCUUUUUUUUCUUUAACUUUCUCCUCUCUCCUCUCUCUAUAUAGUUAUAUAUGUGUGUAUGUGUAUAUGUAUAUAUGUGGUUGAUUUCUAGUUGUACGCUCCUCUUUUCAAGAUCAUCUUCUUCUCUAUAGCAAACCAUAUUGGAAACUUUCUUUUUUACUUACUUUUCUCCUUUGAUUUUUCAAGUUUUUACCUUUUUUUCUGUAUAGCAAGCUAAGUUUCUUUCUUUUGCUAGCUGUAAAACCCCUUUUGAAUCUUGAUUGUUUCUUUAUCAGAUUGAGUGGGAGAUUCUUGGAUUUAGGGUUUGGUGUGUCGAUCGAGCUGAAUUGCAUAUAUAUAUAAACAUAAAGAGACGUCGUGUUUGUAUAUAUAUAGGUGAAGUGAGCAGAGAUGAUGUGCAGUAGAGGCCAUUGGAGGCCGGCGGAGGAUGAGAAGCUUCGUGAAUUAGUGGAAAGAUACGGACCUCAUAAUUGGAACGCCAUAGCCGAGAAGCUACACGGUAGAUCAGGAAAAAGCUGUAGGCUAAGAUGGUUCAAUCAAUUGGACCCGAGGAUCAAUCGCAGCCCAUUUACCGAGGAGGAGGAAGAACGCCUCCUGGCUUGCCACCGGAUUCAUGGCAACCGGUGGGCCAUAAUAGCUCGACUUUUCCCCGGAAGAACAGAUAAUGCCGUCAAGAACCAUUGGCACGUCAUCAUGGCCAGAAAAUGUCGAGAAAGGUCCAAAAUGUACGCCAAAAGGGCUUCUCGAGUUCAUAGUAUAAACCAUCAAGAAUAUUAUUCGUCGUCAUCCUCUUCAAAGCAAAUGUACGACGAGAUGUUGUUUGGGGUUUGCGGAGGGAAAAAUUCGAGUCACGCGGAGGAAUUUAAAGUUUCCCGGGGAUUGUUAUUCAACAAUCAAAUGAAAGCAUUUUGGAAGAACGAGCUUUUUCAGCCUGCGUGUGAACCGGGAGCUUGUCGUGCGAAAAUCGAUCUUGAAGGAAGAAAUAGCAAAGGAGUCGAAUUCUACGACUUUCUCCAAGUGAACGCGGACUCCAACAGAAGUGAAGUUAUAGACAACAACAACAAUGCAGCAAAGAAAGAUAACUAUUUAGAAGAAGAAGAAGAAGAAGAAGAAGAAGUGAACCAGUUAAAAGCAGCAGCUCAAAUUAAUCAAAAGAAUUAUAAGGAGGCUCGGCCAUUCAUAGAUUUCUUAUCAGUUGGAUCCUCGAAUUCUUAA